GAUGCUCUUGCUAGCUGCAUACGUCUUUGAAGCCUUCGGGAAGACGGCAUAGCGGCAUUUGGUUUUCAGAAAGCGUCUGAGAUGAACGUGCAUCUGACAACUGGAGCUACAGUGUACACGUCUGUAUGGUCUUGGAUAAAAUAUCACAUGUCGCUGCCCCUGGCUGUGGGUGUCCUGUUUGUGGGAAUCCCCUACUCUGUCUGUGUGGUUGCCCAGUGGUUUUACGGCUGGCCCAACAAGCCUGGGUAUAAAAAGUACAUAGAAGCCCUAAAACCAAGGCGGAUUUAUUGUCUGACCGUAGCUAUGCUGGAUCUUCUUAAAUACCUGAAGUAUGGGAGGCUAUAUCUUCAGCUCAAGUCCUGGUAUAAGAACACUGAAAACUGUAAGCACUACAAGAAGGGGAUUGUGUUUGGCCGCAGAGGCAACAAGCUGGACCUGUACCACCCACCAGACGUGAAGAAACCUGAAGGUGCUCCAGCACCUCUGGUGGUUUUCAUCUAUGGAGGCGCCUGGGGUUCUGGAGAAAGAUCCAUUUACUGUUUACUGGCCAAACAGAUGGCCGAGGAGCUGAAUGCAGCUGUCCUUUGUCCAGAUUACAGCACGUAUCCGAAGGCAAGUAACCCAAACACAUGUGGGAACGCAUUAGCCAUGGUCCAAGAUAUCGCUGACUGCUUGGUUUGGGCCCAAGAGAAUGGAGAGAAGUUCCACUUUGACAAAGACAAUAUUGUGUUGAGUGGCCAUUCAGCGGGUGCACAUCUGUGCACGCUGACCUUAUUGUUUCUCAUCGAUGCGAGGGAGGAGCUCUUCAUCGAGACUAAGAAGCAGCAGGAUGUCGCGCUUUCCAUAAAAGGCGUCAUCGGUCUGAGUGGUGUCUAUAACAUCAUGGACCAUUAUGAGCACGAGCAGAGGCGAGCUGUUGAAUACGUCUCCACAAUGCACAAAGCCAUGAACGGAGUGGAAAACUUUCAGUACUACUCACCGACGCACUUCCUAAAGCAGCUCGGGCAGGACAAGCUGAGCAGGCUGCCUCAGUUCGCUCUGCUCCACGGGACCGGGGACAUAGUUGUUCCGGUGGAAUCCUCAACGGCGUUCUCUGAGCUCCUCACCUCGCUGUCGGUGAAGGUGACGCUCUACCUGCUUCCUGGAGUCAACCACACCGAGAUGGUCACUGAGCUCAUGCUGUCAAACAGGCGCUUCUACCACCCCAUCUUCAGCUGCAUCAAACAGGAGUUCCGGAAGCUUCUGGGUGCCUCCUGACGACCCGCUGUUUGUACAUCAGCGGGAUUCUAACAGCACCACUCAUCUCCUCUUUACUCUGUCUGACCCGAUACAUGAAACUGAGUCAUAUUUAUUCUCACAACAGUUUUUCUAAUUGUGAGUGAGUCUCGGAUUUUCUGAUAAUUUUUUUCUACUAUAUUAUGAAAACAGCUUUUCUGAAUUCUCUGCACUCCAGAUGUGAUCAGCCUAAAAAUGUCUUAGAAGGAUCCAUCCAUCCAUUAUCCUCCGCUUAUCCGGGGUCAGGAACUCAAAUGCAAAUAUUGAAUGUUGUGGACAUCUAUGUUGUUUCUGACCCAUUUCCCCCUCAGUGGUGACAGCCUGUCAGUGGGACCAACCUGGGGAUCUCUGCUGUGGACUAAACUAAAGCUGCUUUUAUUAGUAAUCACGAUUGAAAUUAAGUUAAUCAACUACACAAGAAAAUCAACCUUAAAGCGAAAACAGUUCAUUAGGAAGCAGAUAUGUUUACUGUAAAACAGGGCUCCAGACACCGAAACUCUGAUUGUGGGGAAAAUUGCAUUUUUGGUUUGUUUUAAUAUAAAUGAUAUUUUUUACUUAGUUCUUUUAUUAACUUUAACAUAUACUGAUUUGUAUUAACAUCAUCCUUUCAGUAAUUCAUCAUUGCCUGAGUCCAGGUAUACUGUCCUAAACUUGUGUAAAGAAACAAUUAAACUGUGUACCAGCA